GCGAUGAUGUCAUGGGGGGCGCUGGGGACCCCCCGCCCGGGAUCUUCCAAAGCCGCGUUAAAGGAGCCGGGAGAGCACCAGGAGCAGCGCGACCACCGCCGUGGGGCCCAGGAUCGCUCUUCCUGCAGAAUUCCAAGGAUUUCCUCGCCAUGACUCUGGCAGCCUACAAGGAGAAGAUGAAGGAGCUGCCCCUCGUCUCCCUCUUCUGCUCCUGCUUCCUCUCGGAUCCCCUCAACAAACCGACCUACGCCUACGAAGACACGGUGGACCUGACCUGGUGCGUCAUCUCCGACAUGGAGGUGAUCGAGCUCAACAAGCGCACCUCGGGCCAAUCCUUUGAGGUCAUCCUGAAGCCUCCGUCCUUCGACGGAAUUCCCGAAUUCAACGCCUCCCUGCCCCGGCGCCGCGACCCUUCCCUGGAGGAGAUCCAGAAGAAGCUGGAAGCGGCGGAGGAGAGGAGAAAGUACCAGGAGGCGGAGCUGCUGAAGCACCUGGCGGAAAAGCGGGAACACGAGCGGGAGGUGAUCCAGAAGGCCAUCGAGGAGAACAACAACUUCAUCAAGAUGGCCAAGGAGAAGCUGGCGCAGAAGAUGGAGUCCAACAAGGAGAACCGCGAGGCGCACCUGGCGGCCAUGCUGGAGCGCCUCCAGGAGAAGGUCUGUUCCCAACCUCCGCACGGAAAAUCCCACCCUCACCACCUCCAGCUCCCUCCAAAACAUCCGGAGCCCGCCCAGGGCCCUUCUCCGAGCGCCUCCGUUGGGGCAGAGGCGGAGAGCGCCAGAUAAUGCCGGAAAAAUCCCAGCUAAUCCCAGCUCCAAGGGGCUUCCCGGGACGGUUGACGUCUCCCUCGUAGCCAGAGGGCGAGGACAAAGUGUCCCCAAGUGCCACCAGCAGCCCUUAAAGUGACCCCAGGGGAGGAGAGGACGCUUGGGAUGAACCUCGUGCCUUCAACCCCUCCGGAGCCGCUGUCCGUGGGGAUCCCGGAAUCCUGGAACGCGGCUAACGCGUGUUCCCCUCCUCCUCCUCCUCCUCCUCCUCCUCCUCCUCCUCUUCCUCCUCCUUCCUCCUUCCCCUCCUCCUUCCCGAUC